GCUCUUCAGUUUUUAUACACCAAAUUAAGAUCGACCCAGUUGGCCUUAUAAAGAUCCAAUCUUUUACUUCCUCUCUUCCUAUCUCUCUGAGUCUGCAAAAAGCUUUGGGAUUUAGCUGUUAGAGUAAGAUAGAAUCUGCAUAUUACAUAAGAUAACAACUAGCCUUUUUUUUUUUUUUUUUUUUUUUCCUUGUAUUGGUCUUGUUUGGUUCUACUCUUUAUCAAAAAGAGUUUGGGAUUGACAACAAAACAACUGUGAAUGGAAGAGAGCAGCAAGUUCAAGAGGAUUUGUGUGUUUUGUGGAAGCAACUCUGGCAACAAACAAGUCUUCAGUGAUGCUGCUCUUGAAUUGGGCAAUGAACUGGUGAAAAGGAAGAUAGAUUUGGUGUAUGGUGGAGGGAAUGUUGGGUUGAUGGGUUUAGUAUCCCAGACGGUGUUUGAUGGAGGCUGCCAUGUUCUUGGGGUCAUUCCAAGAGCUCUCGUGCCUCGAGAGAUAUCUGGUGAAACUGUUGGAGAAGUAAGAAUAGUUAGAGACAUGCAUGAGCGGAAAGCUUCUAUGGCUGAGGAAUCUGAUGCCUUUAUUGCUCUUCCUGGAGGAUAUGGAACGCUGGAAGAGACACUGGAGAUGAUAACAUGGGCCCAACUUGGGAUUCAUAAAAAGCCGGUUGGUUUGCUAAAUGUAGACGGGUACUAUGACUGCUUGCUUUCACUAUUUGACAAUGGUGUUGAUGAAGGAUUCAUCAAGCCAGCUGCUCGUGAUAUAGUUGUCUAUGCUCCAACCGCCAAAGAACUUAUGAUCAAGAUGGAGCAAUACACUCCUUCCCAUCAAGCUAUUGCUUCUCAUGAAAGCUGGAAAAAGGCACAACGAGAACUAGCUUCAAGCGAUGAGGGGCCAUCACUUCCAUGGUGAAAUAGUUAUUGGAAUAUUGGUGUAGGCACCAAAAUUGUUUCCUGAUUUGAGUUGUUGGAAGAAUGUAUUUAUAUGGGACCAGACCCUUUAUUUCAGUGUACUCUUCAAUUCCUUGUAAUUUGACUUCAACUGAAUCCGUCCAGUCUUUAAUAGCAUAUUUCAUUUAAGAUCGACAAAAA